AUGGAUGACGUUGUACGACCGUCGUAUUAUGUAUCUACGUUGCAUUUGUAUGAAGAUGAAAAUCUCGAAGAUUUGACAUUGAUUUGGCUUGAUGCUAAAAUCGAUCAAUCUGACGAUUGUAAAGAUACUCAAUUUCGUCUACGCGGAAUCGUUAAUUGGUUAGAAACAUUUGUAGACAUGGAGCAAUGUGUUAACUAUAUUGCAAAUGUAAAGCAAGAAAAGGUUUUUUUUAUUGUAUCUGGUUCAUACGGUGAACAAGUUGUACAAAAAAUUCAUAAUUUUCCAAAAAUAACAUAUAUCUAUGUUUUUUGUCAUGAUAAAAUAAAACAUGAACAAUGGACAAAACAAUAUAAAAAACUUGAUAAUCGUCUAUUUGAUGAUAAAACAUUAUUACUGGAAAAGGUUGAAUUAGAUGUCAAAUCGUGUAUACAAAAUUUUUUACCUAUGAGAUUAUUACAUUCAAAUAUACGACAGAAAACACUGCGUGAUCUUGAUUAUGAAGGUGGAAUGUUCAUGUGGUUCCAGUUGUUAAUUGAAAUUUUGAUUAUGAUGGAAUAUCCCAAUGAUGAAGCUAAAAAUGAUAUGUUAGAAAUAUGUCGAAAACAAUAUCAGAAUAAUCCAAUUGAAAUUUCUAGGAUUGAAGAAUUUAAAGAUACUUAUACUCCAAAAGAUGCUAUCAAAUGGUAUACACGUGAUUGUUUUCUUUAUCGCCUUCUAAAUAAAGCAUUGCGAAUUGAAAAUUUCGAUAUUAUUUAUAAAUUUCGACAUAUUAUUUCUGAUAUUUAUCAACAAUUAAAACAAAUGCAUCCAUCCUAUCUCAAAGUGGUAUCAACGAAAGAAAAUAUUUUAACGGUUUAUCGUGGCCAACAUAUGGCAGCUGAAGAAUUAGAAAGAUUGAAAUUACAUAAAAAUGGUUAUAUCUCGAUGAAUACAUUUUUAUCAACAUCCUUAUCGUGUGAAGCAGCUGUUACCUUUGCUGGUGACGGUAGUGGUCGUCCACAAUACGAAUCUAUUAUGUUCGAAAUCGAUAUUCCUCUCGAUGAAAAGAAGAGCAAUGAUGAUGAUGACAGUAUACCACCAUUUUCUAAUAUUAAUCAAGUCAGUUAUAUACCGAAUGAAAACGAAAUAUUAUUUUCUAUAGAAUGUAUUCAAGAAGGAUAUAAAAACAAAAUAAGGAUUAUAUUUCGUAUUGAAUCAAUUGAACAAAUGACUGAAAAUUUAUGGAUGAUAAAACUUAGGUUAGACAGUAAAAACAACAUGGAAUUACAAGAAGUUUCAAAGCAUAUCAGAACUCAAUUUUUAGAUGAAAAACCGUCUUUGCUUAAUUUGGGCAAGAUUUUUCUAUUUAUCGAUGAUUAUGAUAAAGCUGAAAAAUAUUAUAAAAUUCUACUUGAAGAGUUAUCGUCGAAUCAUAAAAAUCUGCCAGAUGUUUACCACCAUUUAGGAUUCGUGUAUCGAGGCAAAGGUGAAUAUUCUUUAGCUACCGAAUAUUUCGAUAAAGCUCUUGUUAUAGAACAUAGUCAGUCAACCGAAAAUAAUCCUCAUCCGAUGUUACACAAUACAUAUGCUGGACUGGGACUGUUAUAUGACUCUAUGGGUGACUAUGAUCUGGCAAUUGAUAUGUAUCGUAAAGCAAUGCAGAUAAUUACAUCAACUGAACUACUGAACGAAGAACACAUGAUUGGAAUUUAUAAUAACAUGGCUUUUACAUAUCGUCAUCAAGGCAAAUAUGAGCAAUCACUGACGUUGUAUAAUCAGAUAUUGGAAAAACAAUUGAAAUUGCUGCCCACUUUUGAUCCGGAAUUUGCUAUCACCUACAAUAAUAUUGCACUAGUGUGGAGUGAAAUUGGUGAUGUGACCCAAGCUCUCAGCAAUUAUGAAAAAGCGCUUGAAAUUGAAAAAAAAACACUGCCACCAGAACAUUCCACUACUGCUUCUACUUACAAUAAUAUUGGAAUACUUCAGUUUAAACAAAAAAAUAUUUUAGAAUCAUUAAAUAAUUUUAAACGUUCACUCAAUAUAUUUUUAAAGGUGUAUGGUGUUGAUCAUCAAUCUGUAGCUACUGUCUACACAAACAUGGGCGAUGUCCAUGGUUUUGCAAAAGAGUAUAGUGAGGCCAUGAAAUAUUUAGAAGAUGCGAUUCAGAUCAAUCUGAAAUUGUUACCUGCAUCACAGUUCAAUUUAGUUCAUACAUAUAACAUUAUUGGCGCCGUUUACUAUAUGCAGCAGCGGUAUACAGAUGCAAUAGAAAGUCAUCAAAAUGCGUUGAAAAUAUUACAAGUUAGACAAAAGGAAGCAGGUCUACGAGAACGUUUCAGAGUAGCUGAGCUUCUGACUGUUACAUACAACGCUAAAGCUCGUAGUUUAUUAGAAACAAACAAAUGGGAAGAAGCAAUAGCAUGCCAAGAAAACGCACUCGAAGAAUAUUUUGUUUAUCAUCAUAAUAAUGAGUCUCAUUUUGAUAUUAUAGAGCAGUAUAAUAAGAUUGGAUAUUCUUGUAAACAUGCCAAUCAGCUAGAGAAAGCGAUGAGAAUGUUUAUACAAUCAUUUCGUAUUCAAGCAGUACGUAUUAUCAAAAAGGACCGAGAAACUGUAACUGCUCGUACAGCUGGUCACUAUUUUGCGCAAGUAGAUGCAUGGCUAAUUGCAAUUGAAAACUAUGAGAAAAUACUCGACAUUACUCAAUUAAAUUCACCAUAUGAUCGUUUAUUUGCUGAAACAUACUCUGGAAUUGGUCAAACAUUAUACGAGUUUGGUUUGCUUCCAGAAGCAUUAGAAAUGUUUGAAAAAACACUUCAUCUUCUAUGGAAUACACAUGAACUGACUCAAUUGUUAUUAUCAACAACUCAUUUUGAUAUCGGUAAUAUUCAUUUCCAGCAAGAAAAGUAUGAUGAAGCAGCUAAAAAUUAUCUAUUAGCGUUGGAUAUUGAGCUCAAUUCAUCAAGCGCAACUGGUGCAAGUUUAGCAUUAAAAUAUCAGCGGCUCGGUGAAGUUUAUAUGCGGGAGAGUAAAUUUGACGAAGCACUUGAAUGCUAUCGAAAGUCCCUGAAAUUAGAAGCAGAUUCUGUUUCACCUGAUCAUUUACAGUAUGCACGUAACUAUCAUGAAAUUGCCGCAGUUCUAGUUCUGAAGUCGAUGCCCGAUGAUGCUCUGGCCUAUUAUGAAAAAGCAUUGCAGAUAAGAUUAAAAGACUUAUCAAACAAGAAUGCAUCGAAUAAUAGUGAAAAUCAUUUGAGUAUAGCGCACAAAGACCUUGCAUCCACAUAUUAUAAUAUGGCUGUGAUCUAUGAAGAUGCUGAACGUUAUGAAGCAGCAAUCAAAUGUCAUGAAAAUGCAGUGGAAAUAUAUUUAAAAUGUUCAUCAAACAUCGAUUUGGCUAAAACUUACAACUAUAUUGCCGACGCGUAUUUGAGUCUUGAAAAUGAACAAGCAGCCCUUCAAAAUUAUAAUAAAGCAUUAAAUUAUAUAAUAAUAGAGCCAAAAUCAGAUUAUACUAUAGCUUCUCAGGUUUGCAAAAGUAUUUCAGCAAUCUAUCGGGAGCAACCAGAAAAUGACGAUCAUGAAUUGUCUGAGAAAUUUCGAAUCUAUAUCGAAAAAGCCAAAGACUUCGAAGACCAACAUAAAUGUGGUGACGCAUGUAAAUGUUAUUUAUUAGCACUUAACGAUCUACUGAUAACUGAUCCAAGUAACCAUAAAGUGCUAGCAGAAACAUACAGUAAAAUGGCAAAUACAUUUGAAAGUGUUCAAAAUAUCCAGAAUAUCCUACCAAGGUUACAAAUGGGCAUCUAUCGAGUAAACUCCACAUCCGAAAGUUGA